UUAAUAUAUUGACCCGCCCGUCAUAUCUCCUUUAAUUUUUUACUAAUAUUUCUCUCCUUUGUUUCUUUUUCAAAAAAAAAUAAUAAAAUUACUCUCUCUCUCUCUCUCUUCUUUUUAAUUUGUAAGUAAUUUAGUAAGCAUUUGAACGGAAUUUAGAAUAGAAUGGAUUUUAAUAAUUAUAGUUUGGGAUUGAUGCGCGGUGAAUCUGACAGUGAUGCUGGUGCAAGUUCGGGAGGCGGAGCUCCAAAUCGGCGUCCUAGAGGCCGUCCGCCUGGAUCUAAAAAUAAGCCCAAGCCUCCAAUCAUCGUGACGAGAGAUACGCCUAACGCACUCCGAUCUCACGUGCUUGAAGUUUCGACCGAUGUUGAUAUCAUGGAAAGUAUCUCCAAUUACGCAAGGCGGAGAGGGAGAGGUGUUUGUAUUCUUAGUGGUAGCGGCACAGUUACCAACGUCAACCUUCGUCAGCCUGCUGCAAGUGUAGUCACACUCCACGGACGUUUCGAAAUACUUAGCCUCUCAGGUACGGUGCUUCCUCCGCCUGCACCGCCCGCCUCCAGUGGGAUCUCUAUAUUUUUAUCAGGUGGACAAGGACAAGUGGUUGGAGGAUCCGUUGUAGGGCCUUUGAUCGCAUCAGGUCCAGUCGUCUUAAUGGCUGCCUCUUUUGCUAAUGCUGUAUUUGAACGACUUCCCUUGGAGGAAGAUGAUGAGGCUACUGCUCCUGCUAAUGUUCCUACUACACAGCCAGCUGCCUCACAGUCAUCAGGAGUAACCGGUGGUGGAGAGGCCGGUACUGCCCAUCCUGCCCAAGGAAAUAUGGCUUUUGGGAAUAAUUACUCAUUCUCAGCUGAGUUGCUUGGAUGGGGUGGCAAUGCUGCAAAUGAAAGGCCCCCAUUUUAGCUAGUAUAUACCAUCGUGAUCAUGAGAUUUUCAAAUUACUCAAAAUGUUAGAGAGUAACUGGUGCAGAAAAUAGCCAGUUGUGGUUAACAAACACCAAUUCCACCAACGGAAGAAAACUUGAAAGCAAGGUGAGUUUCAUGUAUAUAUAUAAAUAUAUAUAGUGUUUGUACAAGUACUAUAUAACAAUGCUCAUCUUCAUUGUCUAAACUUGUGAUAAAUUUUGUAAUCUUAGAUUACUAGGUACUACUACUUAAGUAUGCAAAUUACUAGUAUCUUUUACAAGAUAAACUAGAGCUUUGAGUGUGAGUUUUCAGAUAUUGACUGAUCCCUUGUCUGGGAUUGAACUUGACAUACUGAUUUUUAUCAUAUUGCUGUGAAGAACAUCUUCGUUA